GAGAUAUUGAGAUAUAUAGAGAUAUAGAUAGAUAUAACAGGCAUCCUGUUGCUCUGACCUCCAUCAUCAGCAAAUUCUUUGAGAGACUAAUCAGAGAUUACAUCUGCUCUUUGCUGCCUCCAUCACUGGACUCAUUGCAGUUUGCUUACCGCAACAACCGCUCCACUGAUGAUGCCAUUGCAUCUACAAUACACACUGCUCUCUCCCACCUGGAAAAAAGGAACACUUAUGUGAGAAUGCUGUUUGUAGGGGAGCUUUUGGCUAGAUAUAUAAAACAGAGAGAGUUUUUUUCUACCAUUCCCUCAGUGAAAUCGGCUGGUGGUGAAAUAUUUACCUCAGCCAUAGAUAUUAAUAAUGCUUUUAAAGAAUUAUAUCUUGAUCUUUAUAGUUCCACAUCUUCGUCUGCUGAUGAAGAUAUUAGAAACUUUGUGGAACCAUUAGAUCUCCCUAAACUGACGACAGAGCAAAAAAAUUCUCUUGAUUCUGAGAUAACCUUGGAGGAGCUUGACGAGGUAAUUAAGGCCUUGUCUACAAGCAAGGCUCCGAGGCCUGAUGGCUUUGCCGCUGAAUUUUUUUCGAUCAUAUGCUACAGAACUGGCUCCACUUUUGUUAGAAGUUUAUAUGGAAUCAAUAAAGAAUGGAAAGCUACCAUCCACGGGUUCAGGAAUACUUUUAUUGGAUGGAUUAAGUUACUUUAUAGACACCCGUUAGCGGCGGUACAAACAAAUGGAUUAAUUUAAGAUUAUUUCACUCAGGAUAGGGCACCUGGCAAGGUUGCCCUCUUUCCUCCUUAUUGUUCUGUCUUGCCCUGGAACCAUUAGCAGCCGCGAUAAGAAAGGAGGAUGAUUUUCCAGGUGUGGUGGCGGGAGGUGUGGCGCAUAAGCUUUUGCGUUACGCAGAUGAUGUUUUAUUAUUCGUCUCCGACCAUACUAGAUCUAUGCCUUGCCUGCACAGAAUUAUUAAUUCCUUUUCUAAGUUCUCUGGAUACAGAGUUAAUUGGUCUAAAUCUGAAGCUUUUGCUCAGACAGCGUACUGCCCAAUAACGGCUUUCAAGCCGGGCGAUUUCCAAUGGCCCAAACAGGGUAUUAAAUAUUUUAAGUAAUUUUCCUCUUCCCAGUAAUAUCACUUUGCCUAAUUUUUGCUGACAAAAAAGUUUAAAAGGCUUAUUUAACAGCUUUUUUUUUGUAAGUAUUUAUUUUUUAUUUUUGCAUUAUACACAUUAUAUUGUGGUAUCUUAAUAUUGUAUAAAGAAUUAUUAUAUUUAUAUAUUCCUUUCCUGCCUUUUCAUUUAGAUGGAUGAUUGUAUUAAUAGUUAAUUUUUCACUUGUUUCUGCUUGAACUUUAAUGAGGGGAACACUUGCUCUCUCAUGAGGACAAAAGAUGAAAGGAAAGCAUAAUAAGGAUCGUGUCACAACUCGUGCUGUUUUCCCUUUGCCUUGUCGUGUUUGAAACGCCACAUUAACAGCACAGUACACAAACUGUUCAUAUUUGCCAUACCUCUCCCACCUCAUCGUUAUUAACUGCUCAAUCAAGUUUAAGCAUCCUUAAUAUAUAUUGUAGUUGCCCACCCUAACUGCAUAUCAUACAGUGUACUAUUUAAUCUUAAAUAAUGCAUUAUUGUUUCCUCCCAAUGUGAACAAUUAUAUUAAUCUGCUUUCGCAAUCAGAUGUAGAAAUACCUUGUACAUGUAGUGUCAUUCAGAGAUGUCGAGUUAUUGGAGGAAUUGUAGCUUCAUAGCUGUUUAUGCAAGAUAGAAUUUUGAAUACAUAUGACACUCGUGUAAUCUAAUGUUUUUGUCAGAUUGUAGAGUUCAUGUGCACUCAGUAGUUUUUUCCUCAAUAAAAAAGUUUAACUCAUGAAUUGUAAUUUUGUAAUAUAUGUAGGAAAUGGUGAACACUCACAUUAAAAUGAAGACUCCAGUUGUAUCAGUAACCUUAUAAAAGCUGUUUUAUUCUACAUGGAGAGGGUCCGCACAUGGGGGCUGCCAUGUUAGAAUCACAUGACCAGCUGAAUAUUACUCGCUUCUAAUUAAUCUCAGUAACCGUCCUGUUAUCUGACGCUUUCACUAAUUGAUUACAGUAAUCAUGACUGAUUGUGAAUUCUACAUUUCUACAAUGACAUCUGACACUGAAAACUAUUGAUUUUAUAUGAUGCUGCAUCCAAGACACUAGAUGUAAGUCCAAGGUGACACAAAGACAAAAGUUACUGACUGCACCUUUAAUAGUACAUUUAGUUAACUCUGAUUGGUCAGAGUUACAGCUGCUCAAAACAGUACAUUAAACAUCAAAUAUGUGCUGAUUGGUUGUGAUUGUGCCACAUCACGCAGCAAUUUUGUGUUGACUGGGACAGACAGAUUGCUUGUCACAGGAAUCUUAUUGCAUCUCUUCUGCUUAAGAAACAUUGUGGAUGUUCUCAUGAUAUUUAGUUGAUAUCCACCAAAUCUGAAAGCAAAUCAGAAUCAAGUUUGUUUUAACAUAACGUCUGUGAUUGUUGUUUUUAGCGAAGUCUGCGUCAGUGCGAGCGCUGUUUGACAUUUCUUUCCUCAUGCUGUGUCAUGUUGUACAGACCUAUGGGUCAGAGGUCAGUCCACACACACACUGUACAGAAGAAAUGUUUGACCCCAUGGGUAGAUGGGAGUUACAGUCUGAUAAUUCAAUGUUAUGUAACAUCCUUCCUUUCAUGAAUUAGAAUCAUAUCAUAUAUAUGUAAACAUGUUCCUAUACCGGUCAUUAAAGUGACAGUUCACCCAUCAUUGACUCACCAUCAUGUUGUUCCAAACCUCUAUGACAUUUUGAAGAAUAUCCUGGCCACUCUUUUCCAUAUAAUGUAAAUGUAAAGUGAAUGGGGACUGAAUCUGUCAAGCUCCAUAAGGACAAGCAACAUAAAAGUAGCUCGUACAACUUGUUCGCUAUAUUUCAAGUUUUGUAAAGCCAUGCGAGAGUUUUGUGUGCGUUAUUCACUUAUUCUCGUGAAUGUGAGGUACAACAGAGAUACAGUCUGUCAUUACAGCCACAAAAAGCUGUUGUAUGGUUUUAGAAAAUGUGUAUUCAUCACACAAAUCAUAUAGAUUACUAAUGUGGUAUUUUUAUGGUGCUUUUUGUCAUUUUAGAGAUUGAUAGACUGAUAAUGACAGCACCCAUUCACUUUUUUAUUGUAUGGAAACUGUCCCGGCCAGGAUAUUCCUUAAAAAAAAUAAUAUAUUUUUUUUUCCCUCCAUGUGUGUCCAGGUGAUCCUGUCUGACCCCAGCCCAUCAGGUGAGACGCCCUUCUUUGAGAUGUGGUUGCAGACGUGCAUGCCAGAGGAUGGGAAGACCCUGAAUUCAGAACACCCAUGCUUCAGACCCGAGUCUGGGAAGGUGGAGAGUCUGGUGGCCCUGCUCAACUCCUUUUCUGAGAUGAAGCUUGUUCAGAUGAAAUGGCAUGAAAUCGGUCUCAUCACUCCGGCGGCGAUACUGGAGGUUCUAAACGCCUGGGAGAAUGGAGCCUUAUCGGUGGAGGCCAUUCAGGCUUCUGCCUAUUGGAUAUGUCACCUGCCAAUCAUCAUCAGGGCGUUGUGACCUCAACCAAUCCGCUGCUGCCCCACCUGUUAAAAAAAAAAAAAACAUCCGGUGCGCUUGGUUAAGGUAAAAAGAAAAAGAUGUGCAGUGUGUGAGUGUUUUCUUAUGUUUGAGAUAUUUACCUUUGUUGUAAUUAUUUGUUUCUUUGAAUCCUACUCGUUGAGUCUGUUACGUGUUACUUUGUUAUCUGUGCCUAUGCCGCUGUUCAAUGGAACUUGAUGUUAUUUUGUUUGGGGAAAAGAGAACAGGUAAGCAGGUCACGCGAUAUACGUAGUGUAUACGUAUACGGUACACGUAAUAAUAUUUGAUUGUUAGACACAUUAGGUAAGGAGUGUGCGCCACCCCAUGUAUUUUCUGUAUUUUCCUUAGAGUCAGUUAUUUAGAGCGUCAUGUAUGCUGAAGAAUUCGGGUUUCUUUGUUUUCUACAUUUUCCUUUUCGUAGGCAGAUUAGAGGGCUUGUGAAUUAGAUUAAGGGAAUUAUUUUUGUUUUGAUUUGUUCUUCGAUUUGGCGACACUCGGGUUCCUUUUCCCUGUGUUAUGUCUUUUUAUUUAUUUAUUUUUGUUGUUGUACUAAUUACACUGUAAAUAGUUCAUUCUAGAUGGUUUGGUUUGUUGUAAUAAAUCUAACAUCAUUUGACACUUA